CAGCGGAGUGAAUCAGCUCGGUGGUGUAUUUGUCAACGGGCGGCCACUGCCGGACUCCACCCGGCAGAAGAUCGUAGAGCUAGCUCACAGCGGAGCCCGGCCUUGCGACAUUUCCCGAAUUCUGCAGGUGUCCAACGGAUGUGUGUCAUCAAUAAACAGAGUUCUCCGCAACCUGGCUAGCGAAAAGCAACAGAUGGGAGCAGACGGCAUGUAUGAUAAACUAAGGAUGUUGAACGGGCAGACCGGAAGCUGGGGCACCCGCCCUGGUUGGUAUCCUGGGACUUCAGUACCAGGGCAACCCACGCAAGAUGGCUGCCAGCAACAGGAAGGAGGGGGAGAGAACACUAACUCCAUCAGUUCGAACGGAGAAGACUCUGAUGAGGCUCAAAUGCGACUUCAGCUGAAGCGGAAGCUGCAAAGAAAUAGAACAUCUUUUACCCAAGAGCAGAUUGAGGCUCUGGAGAAAGAGUUUGAAAGGACCCAUUAUCCAGAUGUGUUUGCCCGGGAAAGACUAGCAGCCAAAAUAGAUCUACCUGAAGCAAGAAUACAGGUAUGGUUUUCUAAUCGAAGGGCCAAAUGGAGAAGAGAAGAAAAACUGAGGAACCAGAGACGACAGGCCAGCAACACCCCUAGUCACAUUCCUAUUAGCAGCAGUUUCAGUACGAGUGUCUACCAGCCAAUUCCACAGCCCACCACACCUGUUUCCUCCUUCACAUCAGGCUCCAUGUUGGGCCGGACAGACACCGCUCUUACCAACACGUACAGUGCUCUGCCACCUAUGCCCAGUUUCACCAUGGCAAACAACCUGCCUAUGCAACCCCCAGUCCCCAGCCAGACCUCCUCGUACUCCUGCAUGCUGCCCACCAGCCCUUCGGUGAAUGGGCGGAGCUAUGAUACCUACACCCCUCCACACAUGCAAACACACAUGAAUAGUCAGCCCAUGGGAACCUCGGGGACCACUUCAACAGGACUCAUUUCCCCUGGAGUGUCAGUUCCCGUCCAAGUUCCUGGAAGUGAACCCGACAUGUCUCAGUACUGGCCCCGAUUACAGUAAAGAGAGAGAGUGAUCGAGAGAGGAAAUUGUGUUCACUCAGUCAGUGAUUAAGUGGACACAACAGCUGCGUGUUCAUGAAAGAGAAAUGGCUGUUAGAAGCACUUCACUUUGCAACCGUGUCCUGUAUUGGAGCCCAGGAAUGGACUAGAAACAAGAACUUUGCAUACAGAAGGCACGGUAUCAGUUGGAACAAAUCUUCAUUUUGGUAUCCAAACUUUUAUUCAUUUUGCUGUAUUAUUUGUAAAUGGGCAUUUGUAUGUUAUAAUGAAGAAAACAACACAGGCUGGUGGAUCUUGGAUCUGUGUUGGCUUAUGUGGUUGUUUAACAGAAACCAUGAUGGACAAGAUUUGCCAUGGAUCUAAGAGUUUUAUCAAGAUAUAUCGAAUACUUCUACCCAUCUGUUCAUAGUUUAUGGACCGAUGUUCCAAGUUUGUAUCAUUCCUUUGCAUAUAAUUAAACAUGGAACAACACACACUAGAUAUAUGUAAGAAAUAUCUGUUGGUUUUCCAAAGGUUGUUAACAGAUGAAGUUUAUGUGCAAAAAAGGGUAAGAUAUAAAUUCAAGAAGUUGAUAGCUAAAAGGUAGAGUGUGUCUUCGAUAUAAUCCAAUUUGUUUUAUGUCAAAAUGUAAGUAUUUGUCUUCCCUAGAAAUCCUCAGAAUGAUUUCUAUAAUAAAGUUAAUUUCAUUUAUAUUUGACAAGAAUACUCUAUAGAUGUUUUAUACACAUUUUCAUGCAAUCAUUUGUUUCUUUCUUGGCCAGCAAAAGUUAAUUGUUCUUAGAUAUAGCUGUAUUACUGUUCACAGUCCAAUCAUUUUGUGCAUCUAGAAUUCAUUCCUAAUCAAUUAAAAGUGCUUGCAAGAGUUUUCAACCUAAGUGUUUUGCAGUUGUUCACAAAUACAUAGCAAAAUUCACCAUUGUUGAUUGUAAAAGCCAUGCCAAAGCCUUUGUAUUUUCUUUAUUACACUAUUUUCUUUUUAACC